UAUGGAGAGGUGUAGUUUUAGUCUAAAAAUACUUGAGCUUUCAUUUGAAAAAAAAAGGAAUUAUACUUAAUUUGAUGUUUCAUUUCUUGGCAUAUAGCUCAAAGAGGACUGCUGUGAUAAGAGCAUCUGAUGAUUUUUGGCCGAGAGUCCCAGCGUCACAUACAAUCCAUAUUGCAUCUGUUGCCUACAACACCUUAUUCCUUGGAGAAUUCAUGCAGCCUGAUUGGGAUAUGUUUCAUAGCAUUCACCUGGUGGCUGAAUACCAUGGAGUAGCUCGUGCGGUCGGAGGAUGUGCCAUUUAUGUUAGGUUGCUGGUAAUGAGAAUGGCAUCACUGCAUUUCAGAUGGACAUAAAGGUUAAGACAGAUCAAAUCAACAGAACUUAGUUUCUUCAGGAGAUGCUUUGUUUCUUGUGCAUUGGAAAGACAAGUUUUUGAAUGUUAAGUUUUUUGUCAUGUUGAUUCAUGUUUUUUGUCAUGUUGAUUCAAGUUUUUAUUUU